AUGUCUUUCCUUCAUGGUGUUCUCAGUGGAGUGAAAGAUGAUGAGAGCGUUACAACUUAUGAUAAAAAUAAUACACUUAAUAAUGUUCUUCGUGAUUUACAUAAUAAUGUAGGUAAAGGCCGUGAGGCCUUCGGACAAGCCGUGUCUCAGGUGGAGGAGAAAAUCAAGAAUGUAAUCACUCCAAUUGAAGGCAUCAAGACGUCGAUAAGGCAGCAUAAAGAAGAUCCUUCAACUCCAGAAAAGUCUAUUGACAAUCAAAUAGCCGACUGGGCCCGGCGUGCCCGUGGAUACAUUGCUAAGGUACAAGACGCAGAAGGCGCCUUGAAAAAUAUUGAUUCGGCAUUAUUAGGUAAGUUGACUCCUCCAAUUAAAAUGCUGUUGCAGGCAACCAAGACGUUUGAAGCAAAUGCGUUGGACACGGAUUUGGCGGCGGUCCAUGCGGAGGCGCAGGCGAAGAUGAUGAAGGUUAUCGACUCCGUUGGUAAGAAAUUUGAUGGGAGAAUUAAGGGACUGCAGUGGUAUUUGAAACGAGAAAUUGGAAGUUUGAGAACUAUGAUCGACGACUUGCGUAAUAAGCAAUUGGAGGCUUUGAAGAAUUCUUUAAAAAUUGGAAUGCAAGAUGCUUUCCAGACGGUGGUUAAGACAAUCGAUAAGCUUGAAGGUAGCUACAAUACGAAAAUUGUUGAUCCACUUGAAAGGCUGAGAAAAACGUCGGAUAGUUUUAAUACAAAACUGUUGGACUAUAAAUAUGCACUCAGCACGGCAAUCUAUCAGGUUGAUCAGGACAUGAAGAAGUUUAAGGAUAUUAGGAAUUUAGAUACGUUUGGAGAGCGUUUUGAAGAGACUGUUCCAUUAUUAAAUGCGCUAAAACGUAAAAAUGCAUUUACAAAACUGACAACGUAUUUUGAGAAGCUCGACCAAGAAGUUGUGAAACCUCUGAAGGAGGUGAUGCACAGGAUAGGUGAAGGAAUUGGGAGGGGUGGUCAAAAGGUAAACACCGAUGUGUUGCAGAGUGCAGUAAACACAUCAAAAACGCAACUUGAAGAACUUCUAAAGGUCGUUGGUGGUACUUUCCCAUCUGCCAAUCUCGAUGAGCUGAAGAGUCUUUUUGGAGGUACGUUCAGUGCACCUAAACUUGAUCUUAAAGCACAUUCAGCUUCCAUACAACCUAUCGUCACAAAACUGCAACGUCAUGUGUCUUCUUCGCAAAACAUCUCCAAAGAUGAGAUAAAACCUUUUUUUGAGGCCCUCGGCAACGUCUCUCAAGAUAUCUCGAAACACUGUGAGCAGCUUGUCACGGCAGUGAUGGAGAAGAUAAGAGAGAAGGUGAAAGAGGAAGUUCAGAAAGUGGCUAGCAUUAUUAUAAACAAGAUCACUGAGUGUUGUCAGCUUGUUAAUGAUUCUGCUGAGGUCAGCCUUAAGGCCGUCAAAGGUUUUACCAACUCCGUUUCGAGCCUCCAAAUUUUGGUGAGUGACUUCGCAAAGGAUAUCGAUAAAAAGCUUGAAGAGUUGAAACAGCAUGUUGGAACAAAUGGAAACAAAUCCGAAAAUAGUGUCUACAAGGAUCUUGUUGGGAUGCGGUCAAGCAUCGGAGAGCUUAGUGGUAAGGUUGAUAACGUUAAGGUGAAUGUAAGGUUGGUUGGCAAACAGUUGGAUCUUUGCAUGACCAGGGCUCAAAACAUGCUGAAUGAAGUCCCCAAAGGAACCGAAAAUCUCAUUAAUGAGCUACGUGACGACGUAAACAAAACCAUUACUGAAGGCUUCGGAGCCAUUCAAAAUGAAUCUAAGGACCUCUACAAAAAGCGGAAGUCUGAAGAAGUACAGGCCCUCGAAACCAUCGUCACCGCUCAGCUCGAUGAAAUCCAAAACAUCAUAACCCUAGACAGCAUGUCCGGCCUAAAGGGAUUAAUGAAUCUCAUGGAGACGCAGCAUCAGAAGAUUUAUCAGAUUCCUGUUAUACGUGAAUUUAAAGACGUAACAGAAAAUGUAAGAGAUUACUUGAAUAAAAUCCUUCUCUACACCUCCUCCCAAUCUCAGUCCCACUCCCCCCAAGUCGGCCACCUCAAACAGCAACUGGACAACUUACUCAGCCACCUAAAAAACUCCAGCAAAGAUAAACAAUAUCACUUCGACCACACGUUCACUGCUGACCUAGCCGCACUUAACGAUGCGCUUUCACUGCUAACCCCCAAGCAGUUCAACGGCCACCAGCACCCUGAGCUGCUCGACGCGCUGGCCGCUGGAGCGAAGCGACUGGCGGACGAGCUGGGCAAACAGUACGUGAACAGGUACAGCGGACAUAAGACUAUAGACUUUACUAAAUUAUUGGUAGAUAAAAAAGACGAUGCCCCUUCGAAAAUAUCCGCUGUAAAAGCUCCAGUUGCAAAGGCCAAAGAAAAGGUGUUGACCGCCGAAGGGAGACAGUUGUCCCAGGUAUGCCUUACGAUAUUGACAACAUUACAUAACGAUUUGAAUGUGCUGUAUGACAAGUGUAGCCAGUCUGGUAAGUGGAUAGACGAAAAAUUAUGUGAAAUGAAUGGCGAAGAGAAGAAUCCUCUUGGCGUAUUCUUACAGCGCUGUGGAUUCCAAGUAUCCAAAAAUCUACUCUCCAAGGAGGGCGAAUUGAAAUUACCUUUGAAUAAUUUUGCAGGUGAGCACAUUCACAAGAAGCUGAAGGAGGAGGUCUAUGACGCAAAGCGAAAUUCACACCUCCAAGUCUGUCCACAGAAAAAUGCAAAAACAAACUUUAAUGUCAUGCAUAUUGUUAGAUGUAUUGUUACUCAUUUUGACGAAUAUAACCGUGUUAGUCAUUAUGCAUAUUUAUCGUCAACUCGACACCCGUGCAAUGUAUAUGAGAUGCUUGGUUGGCUCAGCGGGCUCUGGCAUAAUGACGUCUAUGCCAAACUUAAAAAGCACUGUGAAUCGUUGAUCGACAAUGAAGACGACACACGUUCUGUAUUAAAGCUGGCCGGCGCUGUGACGUAUGGUUUGCCCAAAUUGUCCACGUAUUCACACAAUCUUCUCACAACUAUCCUCGGAACUGGUGAUGAACGCACGACAUAUGCGUGCCAAUUCUUCGACAACUCCCUUAAUCUAUACUAUCCGACUAACGGUGCACAGUGCGUAGAUAUGCUAUUUGAUAUAUUCCGUAAAUUGUUCCCUGUCCUUAGGUUCAUGUAUAAGCAGUGUGGUAAUACGGCAUCUAAUCACGGAUGGGCCUACUGCCGUUACGGCAAAGUUGUCCCGCCAUCAAAUUGGCAGUGUAACGACCAUCCUAGUAAUGAAUCAAAUUGCCGACCAACGUCUCCACUAAUGAGCUACCUAAACGACUGCCUGCCGGGCCACUUGCCACACCAGUUAAGCAGUGUUGGAUGCACGGCCAAAUGCUCCACUUGCUCUUUGAAAUCUAGGGGCCUUCCUUGCCUACCUCCCUUAGGGUUCAGAGGUUUCUCCAGUUCAACGCGCACGGGUGUGGAAAUAGGCUAUGCACUGCAUGAUAUAUGCGGUGAGAAUGGCGUCUUUAGUACAUUCUACGCAUCACUAGCAUGCCUCCUUGGCCGUCCACCGUCUAGGUUCUGCGACGUUUUUUCGUUCUUUUGCCAACUCACUCAUUCGUGGAAGUUGACGAACAACUCCAAGGUAUUCCUUGGUCCUAUGCAACAGGCCAUCUGCGAUCAAAUCACAUCCACUGUUGCUUGUGACCUUGAGCUUGCCAACAACUUCAUGGACUCGUGCCGCAAUUUAUUUGAAUCCUCAUCGCAUGAACAUCAUGAUUUAGAAAAGGAUCUUGAUUUCAGUUAUUUGAUUGGUUGCGAAAAGCAAAAUUGCGGUGCCUUAUUCAGGCCCCUUGACCAUGCAGCUUACUCGAUGUUUGCGCCGAGAUAUGCCGCUAAAUAUCUUUCGUGGUUGCUAUAUGUUACUGCCGAUAUCGUCAAAUUCCUCGAAGAGUUGAAAUAUGCAUUCUGCGGCAUUUCGUGCUACGAAUACGGUUGCUCACCGUGCCUUAAUGGCAGUUGUCAAAAAGGCAAGCACGGCACCAACCAGUGUGGAUGCAAAUCGAUGCUGCACUGCAAGGGAGUCAUGUCGGUAUUCUGUCAGUAUGGUCUUACAUUUAGCGGAUACCCUCGCGCGAGCAGAAAGAAAUGUGACUAUUUCUGUACACUAAUGGAAAAGAUGCUGAAAUCUGAGUUGUUAGGAAAAUUCCUAACUGCCAUAGACACAUUCAUGUUCACCGUCAGGCAGAAUUUCAUCUGGACGCUUGUAGCCCUCUGGUCGCUGUCGCUCCUGUACCUGCUGCACAUCGUAGUCGUCCGCCUCGACGUGCUGCGGAUACGCUCCCACCUGAGAUCACCCGCAAGCCACCGCAUCGCCGCGCAGUCGCUCCUCGCCGCCGCACGCGUCAAGGCACUCGCCAACGUCAAGUACUUCUCACCAUAA